AUGUUGUCCACACGGCUGGAAAGUUGGCACUCUCUUUGUCUUUGGACAACUCCAAGGAACGUGAGUAUCAGAAACAAGUUUGACACUUCUGUUGGUGGUGGUAUUUUCCAUUCGCAGAUAAUCUCUUCCUCUUCCCCAGACCUGUCUUCCGCCGUGGACUCUGCUGAUGUGGUCUUCGUCGAGGACGCCUCGAUUUUGUCCUCUUUCGAUGUGUUAGCUACUGCCAAGCCAGGUGCUACUAUCUUGUUGGCUAACCACAAGAAGAUUGCUACUACUGUGGAGCAGGACUUUGUGGAAAAAUUGCCUGUGGAAUUUAAACGCACCUUGUCGAAGAACCAUCUUCAACUUACAGUCGUCGACUUCUCUAUCGUUGAUGAAUUGGAUGCCUUGAGCGAUUCGACUAAAGGAUUCUCCGCUGAUUUCUUAGCUCAGGUUGCGUUCUGGCGUGCAGCAAUGCCCGACUUGGGUGGCUUUGUUGUAAACAAAUUGUUGCAGGCGAACGGAAAUAACUUCGAAUUAUUGGCCGCCGUCUUGGACAAAUUUGUUGCGACAGUAGAUGAAAAACAAGCUUUGAAGUCCGUAAGUGUUCCUUCCGAAUGGGCAUACUUGGAAGAUGCAGAGGAGGAGGAAGACCUGUUGCCUUUGCCUUACUUCCCAAGUGAAACAUCGUUCUUCCCUAAUCCUCGAGUUGAACCAGCAAGUGCGGAGGAGUCUGCCCAUGUUGGUGUUUCUGACUUGGCUGCUAAACUUGCAUUCCCGGAAGCCUUUGGUGUUUCCAAGGAAUUGAGACCCGAUUUGCCUGUGAAGAACUUUGUGGUCAAGGUCCAGGAAAACAAGAGGUUGACACCUUCGGAGUACUCCAGAAACAUUUUCCACAUUGAGUUUGACAUUACGGGCACCGGCUUGACUUAUGAAAUUGGUGAAGCUUUGGGCAUCCAUGGUCGCAACAACUCAGAACAUGUGGAGGAGUUUUUGAAAUUCUACAACGUGGAUGGCGACUCAUUAGUUGAAGUUACUAACAAGGAUGACACAUCUUUGUAUGAAGUUAGAUCAGCUAGACAAGCAUUGGCAGACAAUGUUGACUUUUUGGGUAAGCCACCGAAGCGUUUUUACGAGGCGUUGGCCCACAUAUGCUACAGACGAAAAAGAAAAAGCAGCAUUAGAGAAGUUGGCUAG